AUGCCAAUGCCGGUCUCCUCUUCAACGCCUCUAGCCCAAAAAAAUGAAAAAGUUAUUUCCAUCCAGAAGAGCACUGAUAAAAAAGUUGACAAUUCCGAUGUCACUAUACUGGUUGGCUCCGCAAGCAGGGGAAUAUAUCUCUCCAAAAAGAAAGUUGACCUUCUUUCCAGGAGCAGCCCCAAACUCUUUGCCCUUAAAUUGUUUGAAUUAGUGUUUCGGCGUGAAGAGGCAAAAGAAGGGAGUGUUGAGGGUAAAGGAGAGAAACUUCACCCAAACCGACUGGCUGCAGUAAGAGAGCACACAGAAAGGAUGUUCCCCAAUGAAGUCAACUGGCCUACAAUUAAGAAAGCGAUUGACGAAAAGUGCAGAAUGGUGCGCAACAACAGAUGUACUCUU